AUGGCUGACGCAGCGUCCAGCGGCGGGAUAGGAGCUGCCAAAGCGCAAAAUGCCUCCCAGAUAGAUCCAUCCGUACUGACGACCGCAGAGGCUUCUGCAACACUGCCUCAAGACCUCCAUGACAUAGAAGAUGACCCAGAUGUCGACUCUGCUCUUGGUGCCGACCCCGAGUCCGACACUACGUCGUUAGCUUCUACGAUUCUCCGUCAUAGGGAAGAAUUUGGCCGGACGUAUCACAAGUUUCGCGGUGAAGAUAAUCCAUAUUGGGGGCCUAACGAUGAGCAGCAGAACGACCAGCUCGAUAUUGGCCAUCAUAUGUUCUUGCUCCUCUUGAAGAACAAACUUUACCUGGCCCCGAUCGACCCAGAAAGCUGUCGUUACGUCCUUGAUCUCGGAACAGGCACUGGUAUCUGGGCCAUUGACUUCGCUGAUGCCUACCCCAAUGCAGACGUUACAGGAGUCGACUUGAGUCCCAUACAGCCAAGCUGGCUCCCGCCGAAUUGCCACUUUGUCAUCGACGACAUCACCAAGCCAUGGGAAGAGCCCGAAAACCACUUCGAUUUCAUCCAUUUGCGAUGUUUGUACGGCAGCGUUGCAGACUGGCCGGGACUGUACAAACAGGCUUUCGAACAUGCUGCCCCUGGAGGGUGGAUUCAGUCGAUGGAGAUUGAUAUUCAAUUUGCCAGCGACGAUGGCACCCUUGGGCCGGAUCACACGAUGCUGCAGUGGUCCGAUGUCUUCUUCGAAGCGGGCCAGAAAAUGGGCAAGACGUUCAAGGUCGCACACAAUACCGUUGCUUGGGUAGAAGAUGCUGGGUUUCAAGACAUACAUUCUCGGUGGUUUAAAGUCCCUGUGGGAAGGUGGCCUAAAGACAAGUCCAUGAAGGAGCUCGGGAUGUGGAAUUUCCACUACUGCUUUGAAGGCUGUGAAGGCUGGGCGCUGUACCUGCUGACAAAAGUGCUUGGUUGGAGCAUCGAUGAGUGUCGGGUAUUUGUUGCCAAGUUUCGCAAUGCACUGAAGGACAACAAGACUCACGCCUAUUACCUUGUGUAA